AUGGCGGCAGAGGGCGCGGGUAAUGUAAAAGCGCAAACGGGAACAGCAUACCUGCAAAUUAGCUGGCGAUUUCAAUGCGUCGUUUCCUUUGCCUUUCAUCCUUCUCGGAGGCCGUGGAAGCGGUCGGUUCUGGUGCUGCAUAUUGGCACAGCAUUUGCUAUCGGCGAUCGAGUGGGUUUGUUUAAUAGCAAACACGGAGCGUGGAGUAAACAGCGGCCACAUCAAAGAGAUGCUGAAUGUACAGCGGUCUAA